AGCGCGAGCGGCGGGCGGGCUGGCGGGCUGGCUGCUCUCGCGUUCCCGCUCCCGCUCUCACCCGCGCACACCCGCGCAGCCCGUCCUCACCCGCGCACCCCCGGACACGCACGCCCGCUGGCCCGGGCCACCCGGCGCGGGGCACCGAGGCGGGGAUCUGGCGGGCAGAACGCGCCCCGAGCCCGCGCCCACCCCGGCGUCUUUGCGCUCCGCAGCGGCGCGCCUCGCCGGGCGCCCCCGCCAGUCCUGCCGCCGGAAGAUGGUCAACGACCGGUGGAAGACCAUGGGCGGCGCUUCCCAACUUGAGGACCGGCCGCGUGACAAGCCGCAGUGGCCCAGCUGCGGCUACGUGCUGUGCGCGGUGCUGCUCUCCCUGGCGGUCCUGCUGGCCGUGGCUGUCACCGGCGCUGUGCUCUUCCUGAACCACGCCCACGUGCCAGGCACGGCGCCCCCGCCCGUCGUCAGCACCAGCACCGGGCCGGCGGGUGCCAACAGCGCCCUGGUCACCGUGGAGAGGGCCGACAGCUCGCGCCUCAGCAUUCUCAUUGACCCGCGCUGCCCCGACCUCGCCGACGGCUUCGCCCGCCUGGAGGGCGCCCAGGCCUCCAUGCUGCAGGUGCUGGCCGAGCACCAGGCCCAGCCGAGGCCUGCAGGCGAGCAGGAGCUGUUGGACACCCUGGCGGACCAGCUGCCCCGGCUGCUGGCCCGGGCCUCGGAGCUGCAGGCGGAGUGCGCCGGGCUGCGGAAGGGCCUCGGCGCGCUGGGCCAGGGGCUCAGCGCCCUGCAGAGCGAGCAGGGCCGCCUCAUCCAGCUUCUCUCCGAGAGUCAAGGCCACAUGGCUCACCUGGUGAACUCGGUCAGUGAUGUCCUGGAUGCCCUGCAGAGGGACCGGGGGGUUGGCCGGCCCCGUGUCAAAGCUGACCUCCAGAGGGCACCUGCCAGGGGACUGCGUCCCCGUGGCUGCGCCAGUGGCUCUCCACCACGCGACUGUCUGGACGUGCUCCUGAGCGGACAGCAGGAGGAUGGCGUUUACUCGGUCUUCCCCACACACUACCCUGCCGGCUUCCAGGUCUACUGUGACAUGCGCACAGACGGCGGCGGCUGGACGGUGUUUCAGCGCCGGGAGGACGGCUCCGUGAACUUCUUCCGAGGCUGGGAGGCGUACCGGGACGGCUUCGGCAAGCUCACGGGGGAGCACUGGCUAGGGCUCAGGAGGAUCCACGCCCUGACCACGCAGGCCACCUAUGAGCUCCACGUGGACCUGGAGGACUUUGACAACAGCACAGCCUAUGCCCGCUAUGGGAGCUUCGGCGUGGGCUUGUUCUCCGUGGACCCCGAGGAAGACGGGUACCCGCUCACCGUGGCCGACUACUCGGGCACGGCAGGGGACUCCCUCCUGAAGCACAGCGGGAUGAGGUUCACCACCAAGGACCGCGACAGCGACCACUCGGAGAACAACUGCGCCGCCUUCUACCGCGGCGCCUGGUGGUACCGCAACUGCCACACGUCCAACCUCAACGGGCAGUACCUGCGCGGUGCGCACGCGUCCUACGCCGACGGCAUCGAAUGGUCCUCCUGGACGGGCUGGCAGUACUCGCUCAAGUUCUCGGAGAUGAAGAUCCGGCCGGUCCGUGAGGACCGCUAGAUGGGUGCGCUGUCCGCCCACCACCCCCCGCCCCAUCACCUCCCCCAUCCCCGGCCCGACCCCACCCUGCAUCUCCUCUGACCUG